CGUCCGGCUUCUCUCAUACUUCCAAUUCACUCCGAAAACUCGGAUAAAUCAGAUCGUUCUCUACAUUGAUUUUGAUUCCAGAGAAGAAAUCAUGGGAAGCGCAAAGAAAUCGAAGGACAAGAAGAAGAGGAGAGAUUCAAUUUCCCCGUUUGCAUCUGAAGGUGAAAGGAAAAGCCGAAAGAGGCAUAGAAGUGAGGAAGAAGAAGGAGGAAGAAAGAGCAAAAAGAGAGAAAAGAAAGAGAAGAGAAAGGAGAGUGAAUCUCAUAGGCACCGCUCUGAUAAAGAAAAGAAGUCAAAGGAUAGGCACAAACGUAAACGUCACGAGGGUGACCACCAGAAGAAGCUUGAGUUCCAAGAGAUAUCAAAGGAUGACUACUUCUCUAAGAACAACGAGUUUGCAACCUGGCUGAAAGAAGAGAAAAAGAUGUUCUUUUCUGAUCUUUCGUCGGAGAUUGCUCAUGGUUUGUUUUCAGAAUUUGUCGAGGAUUGGAAUGAUCAGAGGCUGGACUCCAAAUUUUAUGAAGGCAUUUCAAGUGGGCCGCGGACAGCACAUAACUGGAAAAUCAAACAGUAGACAAACACUGUUGCUGUAGUUUGAAGAGGAACAUAACCAUUUCUCAGCAUCUUAAGAAAUUCUCUCCGUGGUAGUUUUAUCUGCAAAAGUUGCUUAUACAAGGAUAUUCUAAUAGCAGAUGGAGUAGUGGGUAAUGGAAAGAUACAGCUAUGGUUAGUUCCUGCAUUUUCUUUCUCGUCUCCUACUUUGAUCAUUUUGAUAAUUAUCUUGUUAGGUUUGAUAUUUUUCUUAAAAGUCACAUUUGAUUGGAGGAUUAUGAUGUUACACUUUCUUAAGGAGAAUCUUCAGGGAGGAUUGCCAAGGUUUUUACCCUUGGAUUGCAGGUAUAUAACUAAUGUAAUUGUAUUAUACUGAUCACACAGGGUUGCCUUUGCGUUU